CUCUCCCCGCAGAGCCGUGUGGAUUUACUACCAGAAAACCAGCCUUUAUUUCUGUCUGCUGAGUACAGCAGAUUAAAAACACAAGAGGAAUCUAAGCGCUCGCUCACCGUCUCGACUGUGUGGGUUCGAAUUUAAGGACCUCUAGGGUUUUUUCUGCCUUUAUUUUCAUUUUUAACUCUUUGGAGAAGACACAAAGGAGGAUGGGUGCUCAGUUGACUAAAGGUGAAGCUACAGUGGACGGAAAAGCCGCGGCUGAUAAAGCCAAUGGUCAGGAAAAUGGCCACGUGAAAACCAACGGUGACGUAUCCACCAAGCCAGAUGGAGAAGCCGUGGCAGCAGACGGAAAUGGAACCGCGGAGGUUGCCAAGGAGGAGGAGGUGGCCAAGACGGAGGCGGGAGAUGGCAUCGAAGCCGCGCCUGCCACCGAGGGAGACGCCACCAAAUCCGACGGUGAAGCUGCAAAGGAAACCAAGAAGAAGAAGAAAUUCUCACUGAAGAACUCCUUCAAAUUUAAGGGCAUUUCCCUGAAGAAGAACAAGAAGGGAAGCGAGGAGGCAGCGGAGACCGCGGCCACGCCCACCGGCGAAGCCAAACCCGAGGAGGACGGCCAGGCGGCUACGGAAACCAAAGGGGAGGAGCCGGCUGCGGCAGAGACCAGUGAGACAACGGCACCUGAGGCGGAGGCGGAGCCAAAGACAGAGGCGGAGCCACAAGCAGAGGCAGAGCCUAAAGCAGAGGAGGAGCCUAAAGCAGAAGAGCCCGCCCAGGAAACAGAAGCCACGCCCACAGAGGAGACCACAAAAUCUGAGACCCCCGAGACCCCCGCCCCUGCUGAAGAGACCACGCCCACCACAGCUUCGGACCCGGAGCCGGCUACAGAGUGACCUCACCUCACUGUGGCAACCUAGACUGUUUAUCUUUAUCCUUUUUUUUUCUUUUUGAGAUUGAAAUAUAUAAAUAUAUAUAUAAAUAUAUAUAAAUAUAUGAGACUUGAGCCACAAUCUUAAAGUUACAGCAAUACUACAGAGAAUCUGAGUUCUUUCACCACCUUUGCUGAUAACAGUCUGACCCGUGUCGCGCGUCAAGAGCGUUGCCGGGAGUCGGGAACGCUCUGUGUAUGGAUUGGAAUGACUGAUGGAUUUUCCGCCUCAGAGGAAGAGCGGCGGAUGGAAGAGCGUGGCUCCCUGUUCACAAACUUUUCAGUCAUUUUUCUCUUUUAAACUUCAUCCGAUCCUUGAUUUUUCAGGGCUGAUGAGUGAAAUGACAAAUUGUCCUUUUAGGAGUUGGUUGAAGGACGAUGUGAAAACUAUACAAUAAAAAAAAAAAAAAUAAAAAAUAAAAAAAAUCUUUUUAAGAAGUGUUUAAAUAGCUCUACAUUCCAAUUUUUAGCCCUGAAAACUGUAGGGUGUCAGAAGAUCUGGGCGAGUGAAUAGGUUUUAGUCUUUUAGUCUGUUUUUAAUGAUGUUUUACAGUUUUAAUCAGAUCUAGCUACACAUUUCAAAGUUUACGACAAAGGGGAAUUAAACCACUGCUUUUAUCAAAUAUAUAUUUUUGUUCUGUUAAGUCUCUGUACAUACAUUUUCUGACUCUUUAUUUUGCUAACAUUUCCAGGUGUUAAUAAGAUGUUGUACGAUUAGGCCAAAUAAAUGUUUGACCCCC